AUGGAUGCCUGGACCGGGUGGGCAGACGCUUUCCCCAUGGGCAUGUCCGGCGACGCGACCAGCGCAACUGCCUGUGCCAAGCAUCUGAUAACGUGGUGCUCGGUGUUCGGGUUGCCGUCAAGGAUCACCUCGGAUCGAGGUCCGCAAUUCACCGGCGAUCUGUGGGCCAGGGUGAUGAAAUCGAUGGGGGUGGAACACAAGAUGACGUUAGCCUAUCAUCCGCAACAUAAUGGCCGGGUUGAGAGAUGGCAUCGAUCUCUCAAAAAUGCUCUUCGCUCCAGAUUAGACGGACGGACUGAUUGGUUAACCCACCUCCCGUGGGCUCUCUUUGGCGUCAGAAAUUCCCCCAACACGGACACGGCGCUCUCUCCUUCACAGAUGGUUUUCGGCGAAAACUUCCGUUUUCCCGGAGAGUGUGCGACACCGGACACUGACGUUUCGAGCGACAUAUUCGUACGCCGUCUGCAGGAAGCAAUGCAAACGCAACGGCCACACCGACCGGUUUGGCAUUUGGUUCCUGAGAAGGCCCACGGUCACGUGCCCAACGAACUCGGUUCCUGUUCCCGAAUUUUUCUGCGAGUGGAAAGGAAGAUCAGCAGCCUGCGCCCCAAGUUCGAAGGACCAUACGACGUCAUUACAAGAGACGAAAAGACGGUCACCAUCGACAAGGAGGGCCAACAAGAGAAG